CUCUCUGCGCAUGUCCCACUUCGGGACUGACAGCUGAGGCAGUUUCACAGGCAUAAUCUCGGAAUUAUUUUUCUGUUUGGUUAAACACAGUGUUGUCGAACAAGCCGUCGACGUCGACUCGUUUAGCUAUCCCUUGUAGAUUAGCUGUUUUUGAGCAGCAAUACGCAGUGGAGGGAAACGGAGCCGCGGAUCCAGCUGUCUUCAGAUCUUGUUUAUUUCCAGAGCGGCUGUCAACGUGCCCUUCGCCCCGCUCUAUCUACAGUACCGUCCUGCGCCAUUGAACGUUUUGCUUGUCAGUUACUUUGAUGCGUUUUUGACUUAAAACUUUAAGUCAUCGCUGCAUGAAAUAUUGUGAAGUGUUUUGACGCACACGGUCAUAGAGUAGUGCAGUUAGUUGCUCGCGAGGAUUGACUUUUUCAAGCCAUUAAAGGUGAGAACGGUCUUCGAAGUUACUUUUGCCUUGGAAGUUCUAUGCACACACAUGAUCGAUCUCGUCCUCGGCUUUCGGUGGCUCCGACGCUUGCUAGGCGUUUGGUUGACUGCUGCUUAGCACAACCUUCUUGGGCCAAGGAGCUAGAUGUUUCGCUACUAGCUAUGUAGCUUUCCAACGUAGUGUCGGAAGUUGCCUUUUAUGUACAUACACAUCGUCUUUAACUAGUAAGUUUGUUGACUGUGUUGCAUUUAGUCUGGUUUUAGUUAAGUGAGGUUUUAGAUUGUCUAGCGCAGCGUUCUUUUGCUAACGACGUUAGAGAUAGCUACGUGAGCAAGUUUUGCACAACUUGCAUCAGCACGUCAGUGUCUUGCUAUAUAGAAAACACUUUCAUAGUGACCUACUUGUAAUUUUUUCUAACGUGUUAGCGGUGUAAUUUAUAACUUAGUUCAGAGAAACACGUCGAAGAGCAAGGUUGUGUUUUCAGUGUUUCCGACUGUAGAGUUUGCUUCUAGAGGGGCGUUUACUGCUGUCAAGCUAGUUAGCCGCCCUCCUAUCCAGCUAUGCCAUGCCCAUGGUUUUAAACUGUAAUGUAGUUGGCUAGCUUGGUCAUUAUGUAACAUUAAUGAUCUACGAUUCCAUAGACCAAAAACAGAAACUUGUAUCUUUCUGCUUGUGGAUUUGUUGCGUGCAAUUUUGAUAUACUACAUAGCGAACAGUUUUCAUUUAUUUUAACAAUUACGCGGUCGGCGUUAAAACUUAAAUAUAUUCUGACAGGAGGAUUGGAAAAUCGGUAUACGUCUUGACAGAUAGGUCUAUUUGCUGGCAGAAGAAAACGUAAGGCCACAUACAAUUCUAUCCAACUUUCAGACGAACGGGAGAUGACCUCGCGUACUUGGAACCCACGUUUUUAAAAUCAGAAUAUAGAAAUGGAUCAGGGUGGACCGAAACGGAGAAACACCCACGACGACAGCUCGCCGUUCGAGGAGAGGCCCGGUGAGGAGAGGGAAGUGGCGGGGCCCGCCACCUCGGCCUCCGCCAUGCACCUGCCGGGCUCCAGGGCCCAGAGCCAGGGACCCGGCCGGGGGGAAGCCCUGAACGGACUGGAGGGAAGCAAAACCCAGAGGGAGGGCUCGUCUCUGGGGACGGCUCCACUGGGAAUGCAGCAACCGCAGAAACAGCAGCAGCAGCUGCAGCAGCUGCAGCAGCAACAGGACUUGGGUCUGUAUUCAGUGGGCGAGGACUUUUCCCUCCUGGAGGAGAGCAUUGCGAGUUUGAACCGGUCGCCCGCCACCCUGGGGAACUCGAGGAUGGGAUUUCACCAACUUGACCUGUUCCACAUCAAAACCGAAGACAUCUCCUCGAUGGACAAGGACCGGCUGGACGCCGGCCUGUCUUUCGGGGGCCAUAAGGACUCGUACGGUGGCGACCGCCUCAGCGCAGACAACACGCUAGACAUCCUGAGGGACCUCGACUUGCCCGGUUCUCUCUCGGACCUGAACGAGUUCUACGGGGACAACGAGGCCGCGUUCCUCUCCACCCUGUCGGUGGACGACUCCCUGCUGGAGGCCAAGCCCCCGGGCGGCGGCGGCGGCUCCGUUGGGAGCUGCGACAAGGGGGACGGUGCGGACCCGCGGCGAGGCCAGGCCGUCCUCUCCGCGCCCGUCAUCAAGACGGAGAAAGACGCCGACGACUCCCUCCUCCAGCUGUGCACGCCGGGCGUGAUCAAGCAGGAGAGCCAGGACAACCGGAGCUACUGCCAGGUCUCCGGCAUGGGCCUGGCCGGGCCUUCGGGGGGCCUGGGCCCGCCGGGCGGCGGCGGCGGCGGCUCCCUGGGGGGGCCCGGCUACGGUUACGGGGCCAACCCGGGCUCGGCCGCUCUGGGCUUGCAGCAGCCCGACCAGAAGCCUCUCUUUGGCCUGUACCCGCCUCUGUCGUCCGUGGGCAACGGCUGGAGUCGAGGCAAUGGAUAUGGGGAGAGCAUGGGGCUGCAGAGGGAGGCCGAGGGGGCGUCGGCCUCAGCCGCGUUCCCCGUCAUCUACGGCAGCCCGUCAUCCAGAACGUCCGAGGCCAACGCCACAGUGUCUCCGUCCCCGGCCAAGCCCGGAGGCCCGGCCCACAAGAUCUGCCUGGUGUGCUCCGACGAGGCCUCGGGGUGCCACUACGGGGUCCUCACCUGCGGCAGCUGCAAAGUCUUCUUCAAGAGGGCUGUGGAAGGCUGGAGAGCGAGACAAAACACAGAUGGACAGCACAACUACCUCUGUGCCGGGAGGAACGACUGCAUCAUCGACAAGAUCCGCCGGAAGAACUGCCCGGCCUGCCGCUUUCGCAAGUGUCUGCAGGCCGGCAUGAACCUGGAAGCGAGGAAAAACAAGAAGCUGAUCAAGCUGAAGGGCCAGCAGCCCAGCGUGGAGUCGGCGUCGCCCGGCCCCGCGGAGCAGGCCUGCGCCCUGAUCCCCAAGUCCAUGCCGCAGCUGGUGCCCACCAUGUUGUCCCUGCUCAAGGCCAUCGAGCCGGAGGUCAUCUACUCGGGCUACGACAGCACGGUGCCCGACACGUCCACGCGCCUCAUGACCACGCUGAACCGGCUGGGCGGCCAGCAGGUCAUCUCGGCCGUCAAGUGGGCCAAGUCCCUGCCAGGUUUCCGGAACCUUCACCUGGACGACCAGAUGACCCUGCUGCAGUGCUCCUGGCUGUUCCUCAUGUCCUUCAGUCUGGGCUGGCGCUCCUACGAGCAGUGUAACGGAGGAAUGCUCUGCUUCGCCCCCGACCUGGUCAUCAACGAGGAGCGAAUGAAGCUGCCCUUCAUGACGGACCAGUGCGUGCAGAUGCUGAAGAUCUCGGAGGAGUUUGUGAAGCUGCAGGUGUCGUACGACGAGUACCUCUGCAUGAAGGUCCUGCUCCUUCUCAGCACAGUGCCCAAGGACGGGAUGAAAAGCCAGGCCAUAUUCGACGAGAUCCGGAUGACGUACAUCAAGGAGCUGGGCAAGGCCAUCGUGAAGAGGGAGGAGAACUCCAGCCAGAACUGGCAGAGAUUCUACCAGCUCACCAAGCUACUGGACUCCAUGCAAGAGAUGGUGGGGGGCUUGCUUCAAAUCUGCUUCUACACGUUUGUCAACAAGUCGCUGAGCGUGGAGUUCCCCGAGAUGCUGGCGGAGAUCAUCAGCAACCAGUUACCAAAAUUCAAGGACGGCAGUGUCAAGCCACUCCUGUUCCAUCAGAAAUGACUGCCUUAACCGAUGACACCCUGCCUUAAAGCGAGAGCCCUGGACUCCCUCGGCCUCCCUGAUGCCCAGGACCCCAGCAGCCAUCAACCAGCCAUGACCCACGCUCUUCACCUCCCCUCUCAGCCAGCCAGACCCAGACCCAGCCCCACCUCUCUCAGCCAGCCAGCCAGACCCAGACCCA